AUGGCUGCCGCCGUCGCAGUCGACCAUCGCCAUGGCCUCAAGCCGCCCAGUAGGCACCGCCGAUGCCUGCUUCUCUCCUUCCCCCAUUUGCUCUCGUUCUUCGAACCUGACCCGCCGCCCUCCGCGUCGCCUGCGGUGGCGCCGCUCUCUGCGCGCUUUGAUGUCCACGUUAAACGCGGCGGGAAAUUCACCCGCAGCGUCUCCACCCCCUGCCUCUGCUCCGACGCCGCUUCUGCACUUGCGGCGGCGGCCGCCGACGAACCCCGGAGGGACCGCAUCGCCCGACUCGAGAUCGUCUCCGGCGGCCGUUGCGGCGCAGUCCACGCCCUCGUCGUCGAGGCAGAAAUCGCGCUGGCCUCCGGCGCCACGCCAGUCCCCGUCGGCAACGGCGUCAGCGCCGCGCACUAUCUCUUCGACCGCUUCGGGGAGAACUUCGCCGUCGUGAAGGUGAUGGACCUCGAUGGCCCGCCGCAGCCGCAACAGGGGCGGUCCGUGCUCAAGCACCUGGCGGCGCAGGCCAGCGAGAUGGGCGUCCGCGAGGUCGCCGCCUACCUCCUUGACCACGGCACCUUCGCCGACGUCCCGCCGACGGCGCUGAUCAUGAUCAGCCGUCCCGUUUCCUGCGAGCAGACAGCGGUGACGAAGCGCGUCGCGUCGAUCCAGCGGUUCGUGCCGCACGAGUACGACGCGGGCGAGAUCGGGCCGUCGCGGUUCUCGGUGGCGUCAGUGCACCGGAUCGGAAUCAUCGACGUCCGGAUCCUGAACGUGGACCGGCACGCCGGAAACAUCCUGGUGAAGAAGGGGAAUGGCGGUUGCGGCAACGAGGCGACGGUUGAGCUGGUGCCGAUCGACCACGGGCUAUGCCUGCCGGAGCAUCUGGAGGAUCCCUACUUCGAGUGGCUGCACUGGCCACAGGCGGCGGUGCCGUUCUCGGAAGCAGAGGAGAAGUACGUGGCGUCACUGGAGCCGUUCCGGGACGUGGAGCUGCUGCGCGCGGAGCUACCGUCGCUGCGAGAGGCGAGCCUGCGGGUCCUGGUGGUGUGCACGGUGUUGCUGAAGAGGGCGGUGGAGGCGGGGCUGUGCCUGGCGGAGAUCGGGCAGAUGAUGACGCGGGACUUCUCCGGACUAGGGGAAGGACCGAGCGAGCUGGAAGCGCUAUGCAUCAGCGUGGAAGAGUCCAUGAGGAACAGCUCCCUCUCUCCGCCUGACCAUCCUCUCCCGCAAAGCGACGACGAGGAAGCGAGCGGCGAGGCGGCGGACUACCUUUUCGACAUGGACGAUGACGACGGAAUAUUCCCGGAGAGGCGCACAGAGGACGACGUUCUCGGCGUGCCCCUCUUCCUGCGGCGCCAGGUCGAGGGUCCAACUAAGGCCUUCGACGAGCACGACUCCUCCACCGGCGUCGACGUCAGCGACGGCGAAGGCAGCGUGAAGGAGCACAAGGCCGCGGCCGCCGGUGUCAUCGCCAAAAGCUUCAGCUUCUCGGCGGCGGACCUGAACCACGACGGGAUCAGAAGCGUUUCCUUCGAGGGACUGAGCGAGGAGGAAUGGAGGCUGUUCCUGGCGCGGUUUGAGGAGCAGCUGCCGUUGGCUCUGGCAGGGAGGCAGAGCAUGGGGUUUAAACAGAGGCUCGGCACCUCGUGCGAGUUUUGA